AUGUCCGGUCUCAAAGUCAAGGACAUCUUACUCGAUCCUAGCGACUUCGAUCCCACCACACUAUACACGCCAAACAUGAUUUCACAUGAGAACGAAAUUAAGACCUUCUGGCAUCGGGAGCGAACCGCGAUUCAAUUUGUGCAUCGCACUGAAGGAGGGUGUAAUCACGGUCUCUUGAAGGGUAGCCCUGACAGUCAACUCCCGACUUUUAGACCUGUGGGUUAUGGAGGCUCAGUUGGCGCACCAAAACGGAAUGAUUGGAGCUUUCGCUUCAGUUGCAGAAGGCACAAAAGACCAACAAAAUUGACUAUCACCCGCGACUCUGUUGGUGCAGCCUGUCCUGUCGAGAUCAGGAUGACAAAAUCAGUUGGUAAAGAGGUAGUGAAUGUCUCGUACAAAUGGAGGCAUUCUCAUGACGAUUCUGGCUCAGCAAGAUCGAGGAUUCCUUUGGGCAGAAACAAACGAACUUGGACCGCAAAGCAGGCUCGCAGCGGUAUGAAAUGGGCAGCAAUAAAGGCAUUGCUGCGUCCCAACACAAACAAAGAUCCCGAAAAAUUAAAGGCCCUGCUGCUCCUUUGUACUACAUGAAGUACAAUGAUGUGCGUUCUGCUGUGUACCGCGCAAGGACAGGUGGGUUUCGUAAGUCAAUCAACCCCACUACAAGCGUGAAGCUCUGGAUGGGGCAAAUCGAGAAGGAGGGUGGAAAAGGCCAUUUUGUUGAUAACGUGUGCGGGAUUAUAAACAAUUACUUUUUUGCUUGGUCCACCGAGUUCCAGUUGGAAGUGAGUUCUUGGUUAAGUUUAUGCUUUGUUGAAAUUCCUCCGCGCCUUUCUACUAAGGACCAAGCUCUAUUAUCUUCAUGUACCACC